UUCCCCGGAAGUGGUUACAGGAGGGUUGCUAGGCAACAGCUCCUCGGUUACUUGGAGUUAGGGUCGCUGCCCGAGUUGGGACUGAAAAGAAGUGCUACCUUGUGUCCCGUCUCUUCCGAGAAGGGGUCGAGUUUGCUGACAGCCCUGAAGUGGAAGGGAAGAAGGUGACUUGUACAAGUAAAGAUGAGCUUCCUAUUGCCCAAGCUGACCAGCAAAAAAGAAGUAGACCAGGCAAUAAAAAGUACUGCAGAGAAAGUGUUGGUUCUCAGGUUUGGGAGAGAUGAGGAUCCUGUCUGUCUGCAGCUAGAUGAUAUUCUUUCCAAGACCUCGUCUCACUUGAGUAAAAUGGCUGCUAUAUAUCUGGUAGAUGUGGAUCAGACUCCAGUUUAUACCCAGUAUUUUGACAUCAGUUAUAUUCCAUCUACUGUAUUUUUCUUCAAUGGGCAGCAUAUGAAAGUGGAUUAUGGGUCCCCAGAUCACACCAAGUUUGUGGGAAGUUUCAAAACCAAACAAGACUUCAUAGAUUUGAUUGAAGUAAUCUAUCGAGGUGCAAUGAGGGGAAAACUUAUUGUCCAAAGCCCUAUUGAUCCUAAAAAUAUUCCCAAAUAUGACCUUCUCUAUCAAGACAUUUAGCUCAUUAACUGCUGUCAGCAUUGAAGAGAAUGGCACAUCUUGAAACAGCACCUGAAUCCAGCUGUGUGCUUUCUGGAGUCCUUUGGAAACAUGUUCAGCAUCCCAGCGGAGAAGAAGAGGUUUGACUUGUAUGUAUAAUACGUGGUCCCCAGUAGAAGACCAUGCUGGUACUUUGAUGAUCUAGGAUGCCUCCAUUUCUACUACCUGCAAACCUCAGAGCAGUCAAGUCACAGAGUUAAGUUUUCACAGAGUGAUUUUGUUAACUUCUCUUUAUAUUGUGUCUUUCUUUAUUCUUUAAGAUAAAACAGGAUCCUCCUAAACAUUGGUUAGUACAGUUUGAUUUAACCAUGGUUAUGAGACAGACAAUUAAAAUGGGAAGUCAGUUCCCAUAAGAAUAAAAAUACUUACUUUCUACCCUAGAUACACACACACACCUCCCCCAUUCCUCCAAUCAUAUUCCUUAUAUUCCUCAUGCUGUCCUAUCUCUAGUUCUUAUUACUCCAGUCUCUCUCAGAAUAAAUAAUUCUCUACUGAUAGCGGUCAAGUUUGUUUUGUUGUGGAGCCUCUAUUUUAUGUUGAAGCUCAGACUUUUAAGUGUAUUAGUUUACUCAUUGUGCUAGCUUUUAGGUUGUUAAAUAGCCCAAGAAGUGAGAACUUAAACCUUCACCACCCAGCACCCACCUUGAGCUAAGCAAGGAAUUAACUGCCCUUAGUAAGUAGGGGCAGAUCUCCCCAAAAAGACAGAAUUUCUGCCUCUUCCUGAGACAGAAAAUUGACAUUCAAGGGCUCAAGACUGAAAACAGAUGUCAGAAUUGUUAGAAAGAAAUCUCAUCUUUAUGGGAUUGGCCUGUUUUAAUAGCUUUAUGAAGAAUUCUUGCUCUUUCAGGCACAGCCGUCCACCACUACUGCAAGUUACUGCUCCUCUCAAACCUCAUGGGGCUGACUUACCGACUUUAUAGAAGGAGAGCAUGAACACAGAGCCCCAGUGCAGUGGCCAGGCAGCUUGUGGCCUACUUGACAGCCGUUGAUCUCCUUGCCAACAGAGGCUCAGUUCUUUCCAGGGCAGCACUGUCACUGCAAGUCCAUCCUUCUUUGCCAAGUGCUUCCUUUCCCAGUUUUUUCUGAAUUAGGGGGUAACCACGUGACCUGGUGCUAAUUAACACGUCAUAGAGGGAAGGCUGCUGGGUGCUUUUGUGUCCUUUGAUGAGGUAGUCACUCAAGGAAUAAAACAAAGCAAAACUCUUCUGCCACUACCUCUGCCUUUUCCGCAUCCCCGUUUUCUGCUUUGGAUUGUAAUUGUGACACACAGAACUGCAGCAGCCAUCUCAUGGCCAUGAGGCAACUAGCAUCAGGAUGAAAAAUCAACAUGCUGAGGAGGACAAUAAAAAGCCUGAUCUCCAAUGAUGAUAUUGAGCUACUAAGCAAACACUAGACUCACCUCCCUCCAGACUUCUGUGAAAGAACUAAACAAGUUUGAUGUAAGUGCUCAGAUACCAACAAAAACUCAGAACUGGCCUGUGUAAAAUCUUCCUAGCUCCUCUUCUCCUGUGGGCUUUAGGGAAUCUUUCUCUGAAGUUCUGAUUUAUAUUAGUGUUCUUAUCCUAGUUGCAUUCUAUUCCACAAGUAUUAAGUCUGGGCUGAAUGCCCUGUCCUAUGCUUGAUGGUACAUAAAUAAAAGUGACUCAUGGAUGGGGAGAAAAAGGCUUCUUAGAGGAGAGUAGGAGGUGCUUGUGCAGAAAAGGGAAGGGCAGUUCAGCAGACAGCCCCAGAACAAAGCAGGUACAGGGGCUGGAGACAGCAGGGAGCAUUCAGAGAGGAGCCUUGGUCGGGCAGUGGUUAAGAGCUCAGCUGCCAACCAGAAGUUCUACAGUUCAAAUCUACCAGCCUCUCCUGGGAAAUCAUGGGGACAAUUCUGCUUUGCUCUAUAGGGUCGCUAUGAGUCAGAAUCAACAGCAGCAGGUUUUGUUUUUUUGGUUUGGUGCCGAGUUCAGUGUUGCUGAAACCCAAAGGUUGGGACCACGAUGGGCAGGAGGUGCUGCUGGGGAGGAAGGCAGAGAAGAUAAGUAAAUGGAGAGAAUAGCAGAGGUUUUGUUUUACUAUUUUCCUCCUGAUUAGUGACCAGAAGCCACUUAAUGCAAUUAGAGUAUUCUUUAAGAAAACCGAGGACAUACUCAGUGCUGAAGAUACUCCCAAGAGAAAAAGGCAUAACUGACUUUUUAUUUUGGUUUCAAUUUUUUGGUGUUUGACAGUAUGUUAUUUUUCAGUUUCCAGAUAUUCUCUCUUUUACAGUUUCUAGCAUAGAGGUCUGUGUCCUUCAUUGGGCCACUAGCUCUAAUCUGUUGAAAUUUUAUCAGUAGGUCAUGAGGGUACAUACAUGUGAAGAGAACUUUACAGUGAAGGCCAGAUCCUGGUGAGGGUAUCGGGGUGUCAGGUAGCAUUUAACACCAUGAGAAGGAGAGGCCAUAUUUUGGUAUGAGAAGAUACAUUGGUGGAGAGUCAGUGUACUGAAGGCUUAUAGCAAGAAAGUUCAGUUAGAAGAGCUUCCUAGUUACAAGAGUUCUGGAACCUUUCUUCAGGGAGACACUUAAUAGCAAGACCCUUAUCUUUGUGAAAUGGGAGACUCAGGCAACCUGCAUUUGAUUCCUGGUAAAGGGUGGAUUUGUUCCAAGUGGGAAAAGCAGCUCCUGUUGAAGAAAAGACUCUUAACUCUUGACGAAGUCCCAGAACAUUAUGCUGGCAGGGACUUUAGAGAUUGUCUGGGAAACAGAUGGCCAGGGAGCUUAAAGCACUUGGCAAAUUUGUGGCUGGGAUAUGAUUUGGGCCAAGGAAGUCCAGAGACCCUGCCUUUACACCAUCUUACUUUGUUUUCUGGAGUUCUGGUGCAUUGGAGCACAAAUAAUAAAGUAUUAUCUCUGGCAGUUUUUUUUUUUUCAACCUACUUAGGGCUAACAUCUUCCACGCCAGGACUAGUUCACUUCAAAGGGGCAAUAGGGGGCAGACAAAAGAGCUCAGGGCUCUUCAGACA